AUGGAUUUAAGCUCUGGGACCUCUAUACUCCCUAAGCUGGUGGCUCAUCCAGAGGAGAUGGAAACCGUCCGAUACGCCAUCGUCGCGCCUCGCCCGGACCCAGCCAACUUCCUAGCCAUUGAGAGUGCAUGCACUCACAGCACUGGUUACAUCGUCAAGCUUGCCGCCGGUCUCACGGAGCAGUAUCAACACUUCGGAGACCCCGAAAGUCUAGCCAAGCACAGACGGCUUCAACAAGAAUCAGAGACCCGCUUCCAACUGCUCCAGCAACACUUGGGUUCUUGCAAACGUGCUGUUGAGGCAGCAUGUGCACAGGCAGCAUGUGCACAGCCGCAAGCAUCCGAGGAGGGCCGUUCCGCUCUAUUCCCUGCAUCGGACUCUCGCCUCGCUGGACGGGCGCCAGAGACUCCCGGAGUAGAAAACAGCACAGUAGCCUUGUCGGGUUCGACUAUCCUUGCGCGAGACGCGGUUAUCUCCCGAGAGAGCAGCUAUGUUCAAGGCCAAGCAUCAUCUACGCCGGAGAUUGUUCAGCUCCCACAGCAAAGCGCUGUCCCAAGCAUAGCCGAAUCUGCACAAGAGCAGCAAGAGCAGCAUGGCCACGACCUAGAAGGGUCCGGAAGCCGUGGGAUCCGGUACUAUGUCGACAACGAGGGCGGCUUUCAUUUCAGCCUCUAUGACCCAGGCACGCCCGACUGCGCCACGCCCGCCCUCCUCAUCGGAGAAUUGGCGCAAGGCAGCUGGCAUGUUCUCGACUGGGAUCGGACGGCGCCCGGGCGAAAAAUGCAUGUCAUCCUGGCCACUCGGCGGAAUGUGGACCGCCUUCGUCUGGCCUAUACCAAUUUGUGGACGCGCGAGAACCAGCUCGUCAGCAACCUCGCAAGCUCGAAGCAUUUGCCGCUGGGGGAGCGCUACCGAGAAUUUUGGGAAGAUGAUCAGCUCACCGGAUGCACGUCGAGCCAGGAGCCGAGCGACGAGCGACUAGACCUGGGAGUUAUCAUUCCUGGCACCGUCGACGUGUUCUCCAGCCGUGGCAGGAUCCUCUUCCGUCAACAGACCCGAGAGGAUCAAGAGGGAACUCGCAGCUCCAUCCAUAACGCAAAGAUCGAGGUAGGCGACUACCGAACCAACGAUAUCGUCCUCCAGAUCAACGAGGACAGCCUGCGCACCCUCUACAGAUUAAUUGUGGCCAUGACCAAAGUACUCGAUGCUGCGGAAGCAGGCGCCGCUUCGGCGAUAACCACCGUCGUCACCAUCUCCGUCGCCUUCGGGGUCGCUAUCGUGACUGGGAUACCUAUCGUCGCCGAUGCAGCCGCUCCUGUUGGGAUACCUACCAGCCUCCUUAUAGCCUACAGCUACAGCCUUGGGACACGUACCGUCCUCAGUACGAGUAGCUGA